CGGCGGCCGCACGCUCCCGGCCGGGGCCAGCUGGCGGCUGGAAGAGCGGGUGUUGCGGCCUGCGGGCGACCGGCGCGUAACCGCCUGAGGCAGCUCGCUGUCGGCCGAGGCUGCUUGCGGGGCCGCUCGCCCUAAGCCGCUCUGCGCAAGCAGGAAUCUUGGGAAGCCAAAAUGCGGCAUAAUCAGAUGUGUUGUGAGACACCACCUACUGUCACUGUUCAUGUAAAAUCAGGUUCAAAUAGGUCACAUCAAACUAGAAAACCUAUUAAUCUGAAGCGUCCUAUUCUUAAAGAUAGUUGGCAAGCAUCUGAAAAAAAUGCACAUAAUAACAAAUCUAAGCGGCCCAAAGGACCCUGUCUAAUUAUACAGCGUCAGGAAAUGACUGCUUUCUUUAAAUUAUUUGAUGACGAUUUAAUUCAAGAUUUCUUGUGGAUGGACUGUUGCUGUAAAAUUGCAGACAAGUAUCUUUUGGCUAUGACAUUUGUUUAUUUCAAGAGAGCUAAAUUUACUAUAAAUGAGCAUACCAGGAUAAAUUUCUUUAUUGCUCUGUAUCUGGCUAAUACAGUUGAAGAAGAUGAAGAAGAAGCCAAGUAUGAAAUUUUUCCAUGGGCUUUAGGGAAAAACUGGAGAAAAUUGUUCCCCAAUUUCUUAAAGUUAAGGGACCAACUCUGGGACAGAAUUGACUAUAGGGCUAUUGUGAGCAGGCGGUGCUGUGAAGAGGUUAUGGCUAUUGCACCAACCCAUUACAUUUGGCAACGAGAGCGCUCUGUGCAUCACAGUGGAGCUGUGAGGAACUACAACCGAGAUGAAGUUCAUCUGCCCCGGGGUCCUAGUGCCACACCAGUCGAUUGUUCACUGUGUGGUAAAAAAGGAAGAUAUAUGAGAUUGGGAUUGUCUUCAUCGUCAUCUUCAUCCAGUGACACAGUAGAGCUAACGGAAAAACAUUCUCAGGAAUCACACAAUUCAUUAUCAAUGGACACGAUAGGUGAACCUUCUCAAGCUAAUAGCUAUUCUCAAGUAGCCAAUGACCAUCAAUCAAACAAAGAAAAGGAACCUAAUUUGAUGAAGAAAGACAAAGCUAUGGAGUGGUUCACAGGAAGUGAAGAAUGACAAGGCUCUACUAAAGCAACCUGGAAUCACAGCUACAGAAUGUCCAACUAAAUGCAAGACAGUGUCAAAAUGGGGCAGUUACCCAGCUGUACAGUGUUCUCUAGCUUCUGUUACUCCUCAAACAUAUGUAAAAGUUACACAAAUCAUAGUAAUAACUGAAAGUACCAGUUUAUGACAGCGAUUGAGAAUACGUUCUCAUUUGAUACUUCUCUGCCUUCAAGUUGAUUGCUGUCACCUCAGGUACUCAGUUCAGCUGUGGUUUGAACUUCCUUAACCUGAUGAGAAAAGCCAGUUUGAAAGAGAAAACAAUUAAGGUCAUAACAGUGCAUUAGUUAAAAGAAACAUUUAAUAUGUUCUGAAAAUAUUACUGACAUGUGUGACCAGUUUGCAAUAUAGGGACAUGAUCUAUAUAGAAAAUGUGAUUCUUCUAUAACAGAACAAAAUGCAUACUACACUGUGUAAGUGUUUUAUAAUUUGUUCACAAAAAAGUAUUGAAACAUUAAACACUGUUCUUUUCCUGUAAGCUUGUAAGCUUUUUCUGAGACCUUUUCUUCUUCUUCUUCUUCUUCUUCUUCUUCUUCUUCUUCUUCUUCUUCUUCUUCUUCUUCUUUAUUUUUUUUUUUUUUGCAUUGUUUUGGAGCCAUGUUGCUAGUCAAUAUACAGAAACAUUUGCCAGUGCUCACAUAGUAACCUUACAGACAAGCUUAUAACCAAAUGGAUAAGCCUGUUCAUAAAUCAAUAUAUCUGAAACCCUUUUCAUGGCCUAAAUAAUAUACACAUACAAGGACCUAAACUUGCUUCUUGGAAGAACUCCAGCAACACUUUAGGACUUAUAUUUUGCAAUUAAUUUAACAGAAUAGAAAAACACUACAUUUCAGUUUCUGUACCAAAAAAAUCUCUGAAGAGUAUCUGAUAGUUAUGUGAGUGUAUUAGUGUGUGAAUGUGUUGGUCAAUAUACUUAAGAAUCUACAAUACUUACUAUCAGAAACAAGCAUAAAAUAAAACUGAAGCUCAA